ACAACAGAGGUUCCAACAGCAACCACAGAGUCUGCAACGACAAUAAGUGUGGCCACAACCACGACAACAGAAGUCCCAACCACAACAGAGACAGAGGCCCAAACCACAACAACUGAGGCUCCAACAACAACCACAGUGUCUGCAACGACAACGAGCCCCAACGACAACACCACAGAGUCUGCAACGACAAUGAGUGAGGCCCCAACCACGACAACAGAAGUCCAAACCACAACAGAAGUCCCAAACAGAACAACAGAAGCCCCAACCAUGACAACAGUCACCGCAACCACAACAACAGAGGCACAAACCACAACACCUGAGGUCCCAACAACAACCACAGAGCCCCCAGCGACAAGUGAGACUCCAACCAUGACAACAGAAGUCCCAACAACGACAACAGGGGUCCCAACCACAUCCACAGAAGCCUCAACUACAACAAGUCAUGCCCCAAUCACGACAACAGAGGUGCCAACAACAACAACAGAGGUGCCAACCACAACGACAGAGGACCCAACCACGACAACAGAGGCCCCAAGCACAAUAACAGAAGCUUCAAGUGCUACAACAGCUGCCCCAACCACAACAACUGAGGCUCCAACAGGAACCACAGAGUCUGUAACGACAACGACUGAGGCCCCAACCAUGACAACAGAGGCCCCAACCACAACAACAGAGGCUUCAAGUACUACAACAGCUGCCCAAACCACAACAACUGAGGUUCCAACAGCAACCACAGACCACGACAACAGGGGUCCCAACAACGACAACCGAUGCCGCAACCACAACAACAGAGGUCCCAACCACAACAUCAGAGGCCUUAACCACUACAACAGAGGCCCCAACCACAACAACUGA